AUGGCGGAAUGCCAAGACAGGUGUGUUUUUUUUUUACUUAAUUUGGGUUAUUUGGCCCAUGGAAGUGUUCGGUCCGGUGGGUGCUGUGGUAAUUUAGUUGGGUGUUAUCCGAUUACCGGCCGGAAUUUCUGUAUAGGUAUGUUCAAUCCGGUGGGUAUUGUGGUAAUUUGGGGAUUACGCGUACCGGUCGAAUAUCUCUAUCUGUACUCACUGGCGAUUGAUUGGUUAUUCAUUGAGGCUAAACCCCAUGUGAUAUUCGAAAUGAAUGUUGCUAAAGAUGUUUGUGAUAUCAUUUUCCGAGACGAGGUGGGAGUGUAUUCUGGAGCUAUGAGUAACAGCGAUUCAGACAGGUGCUACAAAUGCAACGAAAAAGGACAUUUUGCCAGGAAUUGCCCUACCCAAAUACAGGAUGCCGGCCGACGAGGAGGUGCGGGAGAUUGUUAUAAUUGCGGGCAGUCGGGACAUUUUGCGCGAGAAUGUCCCAACCAGCGUGGGCGCUUUUAUGGUGGACGUGGUGGUGGACGUCCUGGUCAGAGCGAAUGCUAUCAGUGUGGCGGUUUUGGACAUUUUGCUCGAGAAUGUCCAACGGAACGUCGCAUUGGUGGUGGUGGAAAUCAGAAAUGUUAUAACUGUGGCAGAUUUGGUCAUAUUUCACGUGAUUGCCCGGAUUCUGGUUCGGAUCAGUCGAAACGAUGUUAUAAUUGUCAGCAGAUAGGGCAUAUCAGUCGUGAAUGUCCGCGCAGUGACCGCAGUGAUUAA